CACUAAUCGGAGUAGGUGAAAUCUAAUUCAUAAUAUUUCGAACUUCAGAGUUUGAUUCAUUUUAUAAGGAUGUCCACGGAGAUUUCAUUUGAAGAAGGAUGGCCUUUCGUGCAGAACAUUGUUACCAAGCUGAUAAGAAAUAUAGAAGGAGAGCUUGAACCACCAAUUAAUUCUGCUGAAUAUAUGGAAGUUUACACGACUAUCGUAUCUAUGUGCAGACGGAAUCGAAUUUCACAACAGUGUUAUGAGGAGUAUCGUGAAGUAAUUGAAGAUUAUACUAUACAAACGGUGUUGCCGUCUUUAAGGGAGAAGCAUGAUGAAGAUAUGUUAAAAGAGCUUGUUAAGAGGUGGAAAAUCCAUAAAGUUCUGGUUAGAUAUUUAGCCAGAUUCUUUUCUUAUCUUGAACGUUACUUCGUUCCUCUCGGACGCAUUCCAACACUCAGAGAAGUUGGUUUGACAUGUUUCCGUGACCUGGUUUAUCGUGAGAUGCAGUCCACGGCCACAGAAGUUGUACUAGCACUUAUUCAUAAAGAACGUAAGGGCGAACAGAUUGAUAGAGAACUAGUGGAAAACGUAUUAGAAGUCUAUGCGGAGAUUGGGAUGGGAACUAUGGAAAAAUAUGAAGAGGAUUUUGAAAGAUUCAUGCUUCAAGAUACUGUAUCUUACUACACUCGCAAGGCAUCAAUGUGGAUGAAGGAGUGUUCUAGCUCUGAUUAUUUGCUAAAGGCAUGUCGCCGACUAUAUUGUGACGAGUGUCUAAAAAUGGAGAAGGAGAGAGUCAAUUACUACCUUUAUUCAAGCACUGAGCCCAAACUAGUUGAGGCAUUGCAAGAAGCCUUUAAGAUCUUUUAUGUCUAACAAAAAGGUGGUAACAGUUUGCGAUAAUAUCGUGAGGGAAGAAGCAAUCAAUGUUAAUGAAACUCAGUGUUUUUGCAAUCAAUGUGGAUAUGUUCGCAUGCAUCAACAUAUAAUAAUAAAUCAUCUCUAUAAUUAAGUCAACAACCGAUAUUCAACACUAAUGUUUUUAUCCAUAAAAUUUUUAAAAAGAUAUAUUAUGUAUAAAAUGUCAUCAGAUGGUCACUAAGGUUCUUAAAUCAAUUUUGUUACA